AUGGCCUUGUUAUCUUCAUUGAUAACCCAUUGUUUCAGGUCAAAAGUCAAUCUGAAUGAAAUAUCACAUAACUCUGCCAUGAGCCUUGUUAGAAAAGUGCUUGACAUGGGAGUUCUACUGGCAGAAAACAUCCAAAUUAAUGGUGCAGACCCUGAUACUAAGCAAUGGUUAGAAGAUCACAAGCAUCCAGUAUUUGGCUUCCCAACUUUGGUUCGUUUUAGUUGGGAAACUUGUAAGCCCUUCUUCAAGGAUGCAGUUGAGGUUACAUGGGAGUCUGAUGAAGUUGAUGAAGAUGGGACUGACAAUGGAAGCACCAAGCGACAAGUCAAGCUUUCGAGCCUAGGCUUUACUGGUUUCAAAAGGAAGACUGAGGAGAUCGAAUCUAGCGGAAAAGGCCGUUGCAAAUUCUUCCAGGCUCGCAAACUUGAGUUGACCUGGAGACCCUCAUUGGAAGACGGCGAGUUCGUGUUUAUGCAUUGUGUAGGCUAUAGUGCCGAGAUGACUGAGCUGAUUGGAUCUGGAGAACAUGGCAUCAAGAGGCUUUAG